GAAACAAAAAGAAGACCAUGUUGAAAUAAAGGCCACAUACACACCGGAGUUAUCAAAUCGCGGCUCAAAAUUAUCACCCAUCACCUGUCCUGGUUGUUAUAUGAUCAGCAGAAAUAGAAACACUUUGCGGUAUCGCGGCAGUUACCUAAACGAUAAACAUAAAGAAUACAUCUUUAUAGAAUCCUUGCAUGAUUUUAUUUUUGUAAUUGCCACCAUCGUAAUAGCAGUGUCAUGGGUGACCAUAUUCUCCCUGAUCCUCCAUGGUCGAGCACAGAGAAAUAUGAACCAAGGUUUCCAUGCAAUAGUCAUGGCACACUUUAACCCGCAUCAAACGUUUAUAAACAGCAGACGACAGGGAUAGAAGGCAUACUCUGUACCUUUUCUAUGACUAUUUUUUUUUUAUAAAGAAUCACAUUAAAACGACAGAAAAUCA